AUGAAGAAGCUGAAGAGCUGUUAUCUGCAAGUCCGUCGUCACCAGCAACAAGCCGCGGACCGUAGAUGGAUUCCUCCCGUUAGCCAUCGGAUCCAUCUGCUCCCUCUUCCUCCUCUUCCUAACAACCUUAGCUUCCUCCUCCACCCAAUCUCGUCUCAUUCCCUUAUCAGUCUACGCCCUCAGAUCCUCCGUCUCCGUCUCCGCCUCCGUCGCCACUCCCCCUCCUCCGCCGCGUCUCGCGUACCUGAUCUCCGGCUCCUCCGGCGACGGCCAGAUGCUGAAACGCACGCUGAUGGCGCUCUACCACCCGAACAACCACUACGUCGUCCACCUCGAUCGCGAGUCCUCCGCGGCGCGUUCGUCGCGAACCAGACUCUGUUCGGGAGGUUCGGGAACGUGAGGAUGAUCGUGAAGGCCAACUUCGUCACGUACCGUGGGCCGACUAUGGUGGCGAACACGCUCCAUGCGGCUGCGAUUCUGCUGAGGGAAGGUGGUGAUUGGGAUUGGUUCAUCAAUCCCAGCGCAUCUGAUUACCCUCUCGUCACACAAGGAUGGUAUAACAGCUUCUUAAUCUUUAAGCUCCGUGUAUUGUUGUUGAAUCGUGUUUUGGGGGUUUGAAUAUACAGAUCUGUUGCAUA